AGACGCUGGCAAACUUCUGCUGAUACUUUUUCGUAACUAUUUGCAAGAUAAAUAUAUGAAUAUUAAUACAGCUAACGCCGCAAGAAGAAAGGUAAAUAGGUGGAAACCAAGCGCUCCUUCUAAAGCUAACCGUGUCGCCCCGCUGCUGUCGGCUGAACGUUCCGGCCGAACCUCGGGUCGUCGGUCCCUGCAGGUCAACCGACAUCAUGGCUCCGCUCAAGUUCUGCGCGAAUAUCUCCUGGCUGUUCACGGAGCUGCCGGACUUCAGCCAGAGGAUAUACGCGGCCGCCUCGGCGGGCUUCCGGGCUGUGGAGGCAGCCUGGCUCUACGAGUCCGACCUGGAGGAGCUUCAGAGAGCCAGGGAGGCUACAGGGGUGGAGGUGGUCCUCAUCAACACCCCGCCCGGAGAUAUAAAAAGAGGCGAUCUGGGGCUUGGCGCCGUUCCUGGAAGAGAGGCAGAGUUCAGACGGGGUCUGGAUCUGGCUCUGAAGUAUGCAAGAGCUUUGGACUGCAAGAGGAUCCACCUGAUGGCAGGGAGAGUUCCUGAGGGCUCACACAGAACAGAGGUUGCCAAGGAGAUGGAGGCCAUCUUUGUGCAGAACCUAAACUAUGCUGCUGAUAUCUUCUCAAAGGAAGGAAUCACUGGUUUGAUUGAGCCAAUCAACACGAGGAUGACAGAUCCCAGGUACUUCCUGGACUCUCCUCAUCAGGCUGCUGCCAUACUGGAGAAGGUCGGGAAGCCCAACAUCAAGCUGCAAAUGGACAUCUUUCACUGGCAAAUAAUGGAUGGAAACCUGACAUGGAACAUACACAAGUAUUUACCUAUAAUUGGUCAUGUUCAGAUUGCUCAGGUUCCAGGCAGGAAUGAGCCGGACAGUGAUGGAGAGCUCAACUACAGAUACCUGUUCAACACACUGGAGAACCUCCACUACCAGGGAUAUGUCGGCUGUGAAUACAAGCCACUGGGCUCCACAGAGGAGGGUCUGGGUUGGAUGAAAGAGUGCUUCAAGGAGUAGCUGGACAGUUUAUAGGGGCCAAACACAUACAAUCUACAUACCUGCAAACUUGUCACCUUUCGGUGAAAUUCACCGUUUUGAAAUCAAAAUAGGUCAUCCAAGUGAAUCGUGUAGAUCCGAAGAGUUUUUGUUUUGGGGUAGGGGGGGGGGGGGUCAACUGGUCGGCCGGCGUUUAUGAGAUUGGAGUGAGACACGGAGAAAAUGUGAUGUGGUGAUCUUCGCAAUAAAACAUCUUUGAUGGGACGUGUCGCGUCUCGGCCAAUCAGCGUUCAGAUGUCGACAGCGUUUAGGGGGUUUAGGUUAGCUUGAAUGUCACCCCGCUACAUCUACUGCUGUCACGCUGCACGGUGUAGCGAUACUAACAAAGUACCCGUACGUUAAACACGAUAUGAUUUAGCAUAUUUUUUGUUUCAAUACUUCAUUAAAAGAGCGAUCAGAGCGCACGCGCUGCUCCGUGUCACGCUGUCUGCACGCAAUGCGCUGCGCAGCGCUCACAGCGAGUGGCGUCAAGUGGCGGAGCUUUUGAGACUUAGUCUUCAGCUUUAAAAAAAAGAAGAAAAAGAUGAUUCCAGAAGUGAAAUGUUUCAGUUCUUUGUCUCCAAGGCAGACAGUCUGUAAAGUUCUGUAACUCUACAGCUGCUCAUCCUGAUGAACUCUGUA